AUGCUUUUGCCUCUCUGUCUUAUUCCUAUGCUUGUACCUCUAUCUUAUUCCUGUGUUUGUACCUCUCUAUCUUAUUCCUAUGCUUGUAAAUCUAUCUUAUUCCUAUGCUUGUACCCCUCAUCUUUAUUCCUAUGCUUGUACUCUCUAUCUUGUAUCCUAUGCUUGUACCUCUCUAUCUUAUUCCUAUGCUUGUACCUCUCUAUCUUAUUCCUAUGCUUGUACCUCUCUAUCUUAUUCCUAUGCUUGUACCUCUGUAUCUUAUUCCUAUGCUUGUACCUCUGUAUCUUAUUCCUAUGCUUGUACCUCUCUAUCUUAUUCCUAUGCUUGUACCUCUCUAUCUUAUUCCUAUGCUUGUACCUCUCUAUCUUAUUCCUAUGCUUGUACCUCUCUAUCUUAUUCCUAUGCUUGUACCUCUCUAUCUUAUUCCUAUGCUUGUACCUCUCUAUCUUAUUCCUAUGCUUGUACCUCUCUAUCUUGUUUAAAUCAAUCUAUCUAUCUAUCUAUCUCUCUAUCUACGUAUUUGUCUUAUUCAUAUCUAUUUUCUUCAUAUCUAUCUGUAUUCAAAUUCAUCAAUUUAUCUAUCUUGUUCAUAUACAUCCAUCUAUCUAUCGAUCUAUCUUCUAUCUAUCUUUUUCAUAUCUAUUUAUCUAUUUGUCUUGUUCAUAUCUAUCAAUCGGUCUAUCUAGCUAUCUUGUUCUUACCCAUUCUUGUUCAAUAUCCAUCUAUCUCGUUCAUAUUUAUUGGUCUUGUUCAUAUCUGUGUUGUUCUUAUCUAACUCUUGAUCUAUAUAUCUAUAUAUCUUGUUCAUAUCUAUCUAUCUAUCUAUCUAUCUUGUUCAUAUGCUUCUAUCUAUCUUGUUUAUAUCUGUCUAUUUAUCUUGUUCAUAUCUAUCUGUCUUGUUUAUAUCUAUCUAUCUGUCAGUCUUGUUCAUGUCUAUCUAUCUAUCUAUCUUGUUCAUAUCUAUUUGUCUUCUUCAGAUCUAUCUAUCUUGUUCAUAUCUAUUUUCUAUCGUGUUCAUAUCUAUCUCUCUGUCUCAUAUCUAUAUAUCUAGUUCAUAUCUAUCUAUCUAUCUAUCUAGGGGUGGUAGGUUUCCGACACAACACUAUCUAUCUAUCUAUCUAUCUAUCUAUCUAUCUAUCUAUCUAUCUAUCUCUAUUUUAA